AUGGCUUUUCUAAAUCAUAAAAUUCAUCCAACGACAGAUAAUUAUUAUGAAACAUUUUUACUUUGUUGGCUAGAUGGAGAUGUCAAUGCCACAGAUGAUAAUAAAAAAACAGUAACAAUGCUUCAUUCAAUAGUUAAACAUUUUAAAAUAUUUGAUGAUGCUUACGAAUGUAAAAAAUAUAUUGAAUCUCUAAAUGAAAAAGAUCGACUUAUUCUUAUUGUUAGUGGUAGAUUAGGUCGGGAAAUCGUUCCAAAACUUCAUCAGCUUAAACAACUUUUAUCUGUUUACGUGUUUUGUAUCGAUAAAACAUUGAAUGAAGAAUGGGCCAAGCAGUUUAGGAAAAUCAAAGAUGUAAUUAUUCAUCAAGAAAAUUUAAUUACUCGAAUCAAAUCAGAUAAAAGAUGUCGAGUAAAAAAUGAAGAACGAAUUUCAUUUAAUAUGUACAUAACCUCGAAUAAUCUAGAUCAAUCUACAAUUGCACUCAAUGAAAAUUUUAUUUAUUCAUAUGUUCUAAUCAAUAAUCUUCUUCGAUUAGAACUUAAUCUAAAAGAUCAACGACAACUUAUCGAUCUCUGUAAGACAGAAUACAAGGGUAACAAAUGGCAAUUAACCAUGAUUCGUGAAUUUAAACACGAAUAUACACCAAAUAAAGCUUUAUUAUGGUAUAUUCGUGAAUCAUUUUUAUAUCGAAUGUUAAGCAAAGUUUUACGUGAACAAAAUAUUGAUCAAUUACUAUUAUUUCAUUUCAUCAUUCGUGAUAUAUAUCAACAACUAAAAGAAAAUCAAUAUAUGUCAUCAAUUCGUGUCUAUCGUGGUGAAAUUAUGACUCUCAGUGAAAUAGAAUACCUUAAAAAAUCAAAAGAUGGAUAUAUUUCAAUCAAUACAUUUCUUCAAACAAGUAUGAAUCAGGAUAAAGUAUUAGAUGUACUGACAAAGCGAACGAUUUCUAAUUAUGAACAUCCAGUUUUAUUUAUCAUUGAUGCUGAUCCGACUAUCGCAAGAAAAACUCCAUUCACUGACAUUAGUAGAUUCAAUAGUUUCAUUGAAGAAACAGAAAUAUUAUUUAUGGUUGGUUGUAUAUUUCGUUUAAUUACAGUUGAACAACAAGGAAAGAUAUGGAAAAUUCACAUGGAACUUUGUGGUGAUAAUGAACCUGCUUUAAAACGUAUUUUCGAGUAUAGAAAAAGAAUACAUGAAGACAAAAAUGAAGAUGAUAGAAUUGGUCUUCGAGGUUUUGGUGAUGUAUUGCAACGACUGGGUAAAUUCGACAUGGCUGAAACAAUUUAUCAUCGUUUGCUUGAUGAAGUUCCAUCAAAUGAUUCAUCACUUGCUGAUUUAUACUGUUCACUUGGUAAUGCGAACAAAGAAAAAAAGAACUUUGAUUCUAGUUUAGAAUGGUAUCAAAAAUCAUUAGAAGUGCGCUUACAAACAAAUCCAUCAGAUUUCAUUGGUCUUGGAAAUAUAUAUGGUUCAAUGGGCGAAGCUUAUUCACAUAAGAAAAAUAAUAAUACAUCAUUAGAAUUUUAUGAGAAAGCUAUUGAACAAUAUCAAAAAGCAAAUGCUGAAGAUCAUCCACAUAUGGCUAAUUUUUUUAACAAUAUUGCUUCUAUUUAUAGACGAGAAAGCAAAUAUUCUCAAGCAUUAGAAUACUAUGAAAAAGCAUUAAUAAUAGAUGAUCUAAAUUCAUCAUCUAAUCCUUUUAAUGCAGCUAAAUCUCAUAAUAAUAUUGGUAUUGUUUAUUGUUAUCUUGGUCAGUAUGAUCUUGCACUGAAACAUUAUCAACUAUCACUCUCAAUUAAGUGUGAAAUACUUCCACCAAAACAUAUUUCCAUUGCUAAUGUUUACAAAAAUAUUGGUCUUGUGUAUGAAAUACAAAGUGAUUUUGAACAAUCAUCGAUAUAUUAUAAAGAAGCCGCCAGCAUCUAUCAUGAUAUACUACCAUCUAAACAUCCAGAUGUGAUACAAAUCGAUAAUGCCCUUCAAAAGGUUCUAGAAAAACUUAUGUAG